AAUCCUUUGUUAUUUGGAAAGGGAGUUCAUCUCUCUAAACGACACUAUUUUGCCAACUCAAAACAAAAAUUCCAGGUAUUCCUACGACACCGCUGUUUUGCCCAAAUUAUCUUCAACCUAUUCCCAAAAUCAAAACCUCAGCUAUAUUGGAUUUUCCAAGCCUCGAAGAGAAUAGCUCUAAGCCUCUAACCUUGUUAUUGGCUUUGCUAGUGAUAAGCCUUCCAAUAAGGCCCAAGGAAGAGAGCUCACGAGCUAUAUUGGGUUUGGAUGGUAGAGAAAUGGGUCUGCUGGUGUAGUGGUUUGAGAUAGGCGGGUCUACUAUUAUGGUGAGAUCGGGUUGUUCUGGGUUCAUGAGGAGAGGCGGCUAUGGUUAGGAUGGGGCAAAGACCAAUGGGUAAGAAGGUAGGUAUGGUGGUGGGGAAAAUGUUACCACAUGAAGUGGGCAGCACCCUUAGACAAGCUUGACAAAGCCACUACUGCAGAGAGUGUAAAACUGUCAAAUGUCAAUACUUUUAUUCUUUCCUUUCCUGAAUUGUACCUGGGGUUUUGAUUUUGGGAAUAGGUUGAAUGGCAAUCCGUGUGUCACGUUGCAGAUCCUAUGUUUUGUGUAAUUGGGUUUAUAGUUUGGGCAAAACGGUGGUGUCGUAGGAAUACCCGGAAUUUUUGUUUUGAGUUGGCAAAACAGUGUCGUUUAGAGAGAUGGUAGCAGUACCUUUUUUCUUCCUUCGAAACGGUGUCAUUUUGAAUGGCUGAUUUGUGAAAAAUGAGAGUUCGUUACAUCGCAUAGGUCACAAACGACGUCGGUUCUGUGUGUUCUUAGUCAAAAAAACAUAAACCUCUUUUCAAUUCCACAGGAGGGUUUUAGUUAAAAUCACUUCACAGCUCCCUUUUUUUCAGUUUUUCUACUACCUGCUGUGGAGUUCAAAAAUUCAGUCAGGCACAGAAGUCAUUGCUUCUACACAACUAAACAGGUGCGUUUUUCAAUCAACUAAAAAAUGUCUACUUGUCUCUACAAAACCAUUCUAAAUGGUGAGAAACACAUUACUAGUAGAUCUCCAACACCAAUUCACAAACUGGGUUUUCUUCAAAACCUAUCUUUAUCCUUGAAAUACUAUGUCUCCAGCACUUCAAGUCAGCAACCAUUUGCUGUCUCUUACCUCAUAAACUCACUUGGGUUCACACCAGAAGCUGCUUUAUCAGCUUCCAAAUAUGUUCAUUUCGAAACCCCAGAAAAAGCGGAUGCUGUGGUUAAGUUUUUGAAGAACCAUGGGUUCUCUCAAACCCAGAUCUCGAGCCUAGUUAGAAGACGCCCAGUACUGCUCAAAUGUAAUCCUGAGAAAACCCUUUUGCCCAAAAUGGAAUUCUUUUCCUCUAAAGGGAUUCCAAGUCCUAACCUUGCAAAAAUGUUUACUGGGGUCCCUGAUCUUUUUAGAAGAAGCUUAGAGAAACAUAUUAUCCCUUCCUUUGAUUUGAUUAAAAGUUUGCUUCAGUCUGAGGAUAAGACUCUUCAAGCUAUACAGCGAUGUUCGGGUAUGUUAAUAUAUUAUCUUGAAACUAAUGUGGUGCCCAAUAUGAAUACAUUGAGAGAUAGCGGAAUGCCCAAGUCGAUUAUUAUUUCUAUGCUUAAAAAACACCCAAGAGCAUUCAGGUCUAAUCCUGUUCUGUUUAGAGAGGCUGUCGAGGAAGUAAAAGAAAUGGGAUUUGAUCCUUUGACAAUGAAGUUUGCCAAGGCAGUACAUGCUGUGCGAUCAAUGAGCAAAUCAACAUGGGAAAGGAAGCUCAAUGUUUAUAAGAAAUGGGGUUGGACUGAGGAUGAGGUUUCUAUGGCAUUUAGGAACGAUCCAUGGUGUAUGACGGUAUCUGAGGAAAAGCUUACAAGGAUAAUGGAUUUUCUUGUCAACAAGAUGGGUAUGGAGUCUUCCCUCAUUAAGAAACACUCAUUACUUGUUUCUUUGAGCUUGGAAAAGAGAUUGAUUCCUAGGGGUUUGGUUCUUCAAGUUUUGCUAUCGAAAGGUUUGGUGAAGAAGAAUUUUAAAAUGCAUGCGUAUUUUGAGUGCCCUGAAAAGACAUUUUGGCAGAAGUUUGUUAUGAUUCAUGAGGACAAGGCUUCUGAGCUGUUGAAGUUAUACAAGGGAUCAUUGGAUUCUUCAAAAUGAGAAGAGAAUAACCUUGUUGAAUUACUUGCUUUAGUUGAGCUCCAAGAUUGCAAUUAACCCAUAUUACUUUUUUAUUGGUAAUGUGAGUUAUCUUUUAUUUGUUUGAACGUUGUAGCUCGAGUUCAAAAAUGCAUAAUCAUCUGCUAGGUUAUUGUGAUCUGUUCUUGCUUAAUAAAUGGCAUAAUUCUGCAAAUAGUUCCAUGGCUGAAAUUUUGUAACUAAAAUAUAAUUUAUCUGUGGAACUUUUGUCACAGAAAUUUAAUUCCUUUCAUUUUGUUGCUAUAAAAAAGACAUCUAGCUCCCUGACA